CGUUACGUGAAAGCAGUGACAGAGAAAUAAGAAGUGUGUGUGGCUUGGACGACCAAACUAAAAACCACACUCUCGUCUCGGGCUUUUGGGUUAGACCCGGCAACGAAGCGAUGCAGACGAGAUCCUCUUCCUCUCCUUCGGCUAACCACCGCCGCGAAACCCAGUUGCAGAUCGCGGAUCCCACCUCGUUUUGCGGCAAGAUUAUGCCUGGUUGGACCGUCGUGAAUCGGCCGCGAUCUAGCAACAACGGUGUUGUUGAUACGUACUUUAUCGAGCCAGGGACUGGUAGACAGUUUUCAUCACUAGAAGCUAUUCACAGACACUUGGCUGGAGAAGUAAAUGACAGACGCUUGACUCGAGCAGGAUCCUUUUUCCAGGACAAGACAAGGGUUUAUGAAGGAUCAAGAACCAAACAGGAUCACUGCGGAGUUGAAUAUGCCUCCAAAGGUUUCCGAUUGCCUAGAGGAUGGUCCGUUGAGGAGGUUCCGAGGAAAAACUCUCAUUAUAUUGAUAAGUAUUAUGUUGAGCGAAAAACAGGAAAGCGCUUCCGUUCUCUUGUUUCCGUUGAGAGAUACUUAAGAGAAUCCCGGAACUCUAUAGAGCAGCAGCUUAGGGUUUUACAGAAUCGCCGUGGCCAUUCCAAAGAUUUCAGGUUACCUGAUGGAUGGAUCGUUGAGGAGAAACCGCGAAGAAGUUCCAGUCAUAUAGACAGGUCAUAUAUUGAGCCAGGAACAGGGAAUAAAUUCCGUUCCAUGGCAGCCGUUGAGAGAUACUUGAUAUCAGUCGGGAACAUUACACUUGACUCGGUUUCUAUGGUGCAUUCGGAGCGGCUUCCUCUUCUGAUGAACCGGAAUGGUAUCAGAUUUCAGAGCGAAGUUAUUGACCCAAACCCACCGAAGAAAGUAAAGUGGGUUCUUACCGGUUCCGGCGGAAACAUGUUCACUGCGAAUGUACGCGGAUCGAAUGUCUCUAGCUUGGUUAAACAUACAUGGUCCGAGGCAUUUGUUUCACUGAUCGAAGACCGCUCUUAACCGAACUAGGUUUGUCAAUUUAGUUUACGGUUAACAAGAGCUAAUUCCAGUCGGUAGUCUGUUCAAGUUCAUACUUCGGUCUAGUUUAUAACUGACCCAAAUAACCGGCUUUUCCAAAAUUUUCAAUUUCAUAUUCGGUGUGAACCGGAUUUUGGUUAUUCGGGCAGGUAUGUUAGUGCUCAUAUUAAGUUUGGGGACUUAAAAUUCGAAGUUGUCUGUAGUAAGGUGUAAAUAAUGGUUCAAAAUUCCAAGCUUGAUGUGAAAUGGUUGUCUAAGAAUGAUUUUGUGUGCUUCCUCUCUAAUUUUUGUAUUAACAACUUCUCCUCGUUAAACAUACUCGCCAAAUACUUAGUAUGAAUCUAACUAUAAAUGAAAAUCAACAUUUUGUGUACG